AUGAAAAAUUCAUAUUAUUCAUUAUUAGUUAUAUAUAUAUAUUUUUUUUCUUAUUACACUAUAUAUAUGCUUGAUGUAAAAGAAUUAAAAAUUGGAGAUUACUACAUUUGCAAUUUAAAAGAUUAUCCAACUGGAAAUUGUGAGGUUAAUUACGAUUACAAUAAAGCUAUAAAAUUGUUAUGCCCUAUAAAUAGAGCAAAUAAUGAUUACAACUCAAGUUACUGUUUUAAGUAUUUAGGAAUAAAAGAUAAACUUAUUAUUAAUAAUAAAGAAGAAGAGAUACACCAAACAUUACCAGGAAUAAUAUUAGAGAAUAUAAUUAAAUUUAAUAGAAAUCAUUUAGGCAUAUAUGCUCCUUUUUAUGUGAAAGAAGAUGUAGCUAUUGUAUGUACAUGUGAUCAAUCAAAUAAAGAAGGUAUAACACCAUAUAUUAAAAUAGUUCUUAAAACUAAAAAAAGUUAUAAUAGUAAUGAAGAUUAUAUUAAAGGAUGCGACUACGGUAAUAAUAAAGGAAAACAACAAUUUUUAACAAAGACCAUGUCUCAAAGAGAAAGUUUUAUUUGUGAAAUAGACGCUACUGGAGGAGAUGUAGUUGGGAUUAACUGCAAUAAUUAUAAUGAUAAGAACUUUAAAGGUAUACAGAUAUUGCCUCCUACUUGUUUUGGUACAGUAUCAUUUUCAGUAUCCUCAUUGAAUUUAGUAACAAUGAAUAUAAAUAACUUAAUACCUGAUGCAAAAUAUUACCCUGAGUUUUCAUCUUUUGAUAAAGACAAAAACUUUCAAAAAUUUUCUACAACUUCUUACCUAUGGAUACCUGAAAAUGUUCAUUAUGAUGUAACAUUUUUAUGUUAUUGCAAAUAUUCAUAUGGUGUUGGAGUUGCUAUUUACAACAUUAAAAAAAAUCAAUAA